UCUUUCUCUCGCGCGCGCGAAGCACAGCAGCAGCGCGUAGUCCGCGCCGAGCGGUGCCGAGCGGAACCGAGCGCCGGGGUCGAGCGGAGCCGAAGGCCCCCGCGGUUGGUCGCGACGCGCGCGAGUAGCACCACACCGCGCCGGAGCGUGUGUGUGCGUGCGUGCGCGUUCUGUCCGCUUACAACUCGCCGCCGCGCUCCGUUCCUCUUCGCUCGUACUCUCCUCUACCCGGCCGCCGCGGGAGCAGGCAGACGAGAGGCGAGCGUCGCGUAUAUCGUCGUCGUCGUCGUCGUCGUUGUCGUCGCGCGCCUCGCCAGCGUCAACGUCGUCGUCACCGUCAUUGUUAUUGUUAUCGUCGUUAUUAUCGUUAUCGUCGUUCGCCUUUUUUCGUUUCGUUGCGUGUGUACGCCGCGCGCGUCCUUUCCGACUGGCCCGCGCGCGUGCAUGGACGACACGCGCGCACGAGCCGACGAGGAUAUAGCCCUGGAUUCGUCCCGUUUACGCUCGUCCGCUCGGCUCGGCUCCGCCGCCGCCGCCGCCGCCGCCGCUGCCGCCGCCGCCGCUGCCGCUGCCACCGCCACCGCCACUACCACCGUCGCUACUACCACUAUCUCCACCACCUCCUCGACGACCGCCGCCGCCACCUGCCGCGUCGCAAGCCUGCCGAGACGUAAGAGGAAGAAGAGAAGGCGUCAGCGGGUCGUUGCGAGCAACGACGACGUACCCGGCGUCGCCGUCGUGGUCGCCUCUCGUGGCGCUACCACGUCGAGCGGUAACGCCGCUGUAGUCGAGGACAACACCGCCGUAAUCGUCGCCACCGCCACCACCACCGACGUCUCCGCCGCCGCCGCCGACGCCGUCGUCGUCCUCGAGCCUGACGCUGACGCCGUUGCCGACGCCGACGCUGACGCUGACGCUGACGCCGACGCGAACGCACCCACCGCGGAGACAAACCACCCAGCAGCAGCGGCGGCGGGCCAACGGGUCGAUAAACUGAGGAGCCGCCUCCUCGGCGAGCAGCAGACCGCCGCCGCGGCCGGCGGCGCGGAAGCCCAUCAGCAGCUACGCGUCGGAGGAAGCGGCUCGCGUGCGGCCGCCUCCUCCGUCGGCACCGCCGGCGUCACGCUUCUCAACCGACGCGCCGGCAAGCGCUCGCCACGGCGAUGCAACGCCGGCGGACGUAGGAGCGCGAUGACGAUGGACCUACAGCGGCUGAUCAACGAGGUGCACGCGAGGCCCGCGAUCUGGGACCAGAAGAACGUCAACUAUCACAACCGCGACGUCAUACUGAAGAUGUGGCGGGAGAUCGCGAGGUCGUGCGAGGUGUCGACGGAUGUCGCCAAGUCCAAAUGGAAACACUUGCGCGACAAUUUUCGGAACGAAUUGAAAAAGACCUACCGGGGCAAGUGCGAUGGUAUCGGCGGCACCGAGCACGACUCCAAGUGGGUCUGGUUCAAGAGUCUGUUCUUCCUGCGGGACCAAAUGAAUUCGAGGGUGAUCGGCUGCGCCCUGUCGCAAAACUGUGUUGGCGUCGGUAUGCGUUCGUCUCCGGACGGCACGCAAAUCGAGCCGCAGAUCGAUAUUCUCGAGGGCCACGAGGAGACGCAGUUCGAUGACCUGGACGGUGACUCCUGCCAGUCACUGCUAUCCAACGACGAUGGCCUGCAUCAGGUGAUGCCACCGCCAAAGAUGAACAAGAUAAUCGGUCGGAAGCGAGCGUUAAUGGACGCGAUCGAGAACGAUUACGGCGUGGAGGUGGAUCGAAAACGGUACGAGUCGCUGCAGAAACGACUGGCUAUCGGCCCUGAGGAUGAGGAUGACACCUACCACUUCCUCAUGAGCGUACGAAAUCCCCUGAGAAGCCUGCCGCUUGACAGGCAGAUGUUCAUUCGUCUUAAGAUCCAGGAGUUGGUCUACAACGAGAUCAACUCGCAGAACCAACAGCACCAGCAACAGCAGCAUAACGCGAACCGUGGAGUCUACGACGCUUCCUCGCAGGGCCAAGACGUGAAACCCCCGCGCGCCGGUAACAGCGGUAACGGCGUCGUCGGUGGCGACGUCGUUAACGACAUGUCACAUCCGGCGUCGUUGCUGCAGAACUGCACGCCCGAGGGCUCCGGUGAUGAUGCCUUCUUCGGCUGACGAGAGCCCCUUUGCAGUUUAAUUUGCUGAUAGACGUAAGGAUUAUAAUUUUAAUAGAGAAUAAACGAUGGUAUUUUUUCAGUAAUA